UGUGCUUCAAAUACCAGGGAACUGAGAUUUCUGCUUGCUGUGUUGCUGUGGAUAAAAUACCAGCAACUUGGAAUUGUUCCUCAGAAAGAGAUGGGAGAUAUAGAAGAGAUAUAGACCCAUUGCCCUGAAGUUGGGGGGCUGACAGGGAUUUCAACAGAACCCUAUCCAAAAAGCAUCCCUGGGUAUGGAAGGAUGUUUCCCACUCUCCUUUAAACCAGGGAGGGAAAUAAAUUGAAAAUCUCUUUAUCUCUUCCCCUGCAGUUCUAACUGAGGACUUCAGCUGUCUUUAACCAAGUGCUGUUUGCCAACCACCUGCUCUUGAAACAGAAAGGAAAAAAGAUGCAUGUCGUUUUUUAUUCAUUCUGGAACGCAAAGGUUAAUUUAGGGGAAUUUAAGUGUAGAAGGAAGCAGUAUCUCAGCAAGCCAUCAAUAACUCUCAGAAGAACUGUUGGGAUAGUUUCAGGCUAGCUUUCCUGGAAAUAAAUAAUCCAAUUUUCUUGCCUUUGUAUAAAGAGAGAGUAAGCCUCUAAAAGGAAACAUGGAGCAGAUCUCCACUUACUGCUGAACCAUCAGAUCAACCGAUAUCGUUGGAGAAGAAGCUGCAAAUUAACAACAACAUGGAAAACGAGAAAGGUGUCAUUCCACACCCCACCAAAAGCAGCCCACCAUUCUCUAAGAACACCAGCCAUGGCGAGACCUACAAGGGGAACUCCACCUUCUCCCCCUACUAUCAACAUUCUUCUCCAGUAGCGUCCAUGUUCAUCGUUGCCUAUGCCUUUAUCUUUUUCAUGUGCAUGAUUGGCAACAUGUUGGUGUGCUUCAUCGUGCUAAAGAACCGGCAGAUGAGAACAGUCACCAACUUUUUUAUCCUCAACCUGGCGAUCAGCGAUGUCUUGGUGGGGAUUUUCUGCAUGCCAACCACAUUGGUGGACAACCUGAUUACAGGCUGGCCAUUUGAUACUUUUAUGUGUAAGAUGAGUGGGUUGGUCCAAGGCAUGUCCGUCUCGGCUUCCGUGUUCACCCUCGUGGCCAUUGCGGUAGAGAGGUUCCGCUGCAUUGUGUAUCCUUUCAGACAAAAGCUAACUGUACAGGCAGCUCUGAUCAUCAUCAUCAUCAUUUGGGUCUUAGCCUUCAUCAUCAUGUGCCCCUCCGCGGUUACCUUGACCGUCACUCGAGAUGAAAACCACUUCAUGCUGGAUGCUUAUAAUAAUUCCUACCCUUUUUACUCCUGCUGGGAGGCCUGGCCAGACCCCAAAAUGCGUAAGAUCUAUACCACUGUCCUCUUCUCACACAUUUAUCUUGGCCCUCUCAUCGCAAUGGUGAUCAUGUAUGCUCGAAUCGCCUUCAAGCUUUUCAAGUCCUCCGCACCUAUCAGAGGUUCCCUGUCAGAGGACAGCGAGGGAAGAAGGAUCUCAAAGAGGAAAAUAAAAGUGAUCAAUAUGCUGAUUAUUGUGGCAUUGUUCUUCAGUCUCUCUUGGCUGCCCCUUUGGAGUUUAAUGCUGCUGACCGAUUACGGGAACCUGGAUUAUCAUCAGCUCAGCCUCAUCACGGUUUAUUUUUUCCCAUUUGCCCACUGGCUGGCUUUCUUUAACAGUAGCAUCAAUCCAAUCAUCUACGGGUACUUCAAUGAAAACUUCCGGAGAGGAUUCCAAGCUGCCUUCAAAAUCUAUUUUUGCUCGGCAGAAAAGGAACACCAGGAAACCUAUUCUGACCGCAACCACAGCAGGCCUCUUUUUAGAGCGCGCAAUCGGAUAUUCGUCGAAGUUCAAGGCUCCGAUUCGGUGCAGCCCUCUGAUUCUGGAGAAAGCAGUGUUUUGAAAGCAGGAUUGUUUCUUGCCAAAAAUGGUCAGGCAGCUCACCACGGGCUCAAGGUGGAGGAUUUGGACAGUAAAAGUUGCUCUCCCAAAACUGUUAGCAUCCCUGCUUGGGAUAUCUGAGCACAUUUCAAUCUUCUUUGAAAUGAUGAGUUGACUUUACUAGAUGCGAGAUAUUUUCGGAAUGCAGUGGUACCUCUGUACUCAUCGAUAAUUGGUUCUGGGAGGCACGAUGAGUACCAAACAAAUUUUUCGCAUAAGGAAUAAUACAGUAUGUCACAAGUCAGCCAAUGUCGACAUCUUCUAGCUUGUGUGUUGUGUACCAAACAAAUGAUGAGUAUCAGGGGAAAAAUGCAUUGAGUACCAAAUUGGAUGAGUUUCCAAGCAGCUGAGUACCAAAAUACCACUGUAUGUUCAUAGUCGUUUUAGAAACAUGGUUUAAGCAAAUUAUGAAGACCAAAUGCUUUACCAUUCUUGACACCAAGGAAAGGAUGUGAGGUGUGGGAGAUGAUCUCAUCUUUGAAUCCCCACUUUUUGGUUACAUAAUAUGGAGGAGAUGAAUGCUUCUAAUGUGUUUCAGUCCUCCAUAGCAUCUUUCCCAUUCCUUGCCUCUGUUUAAAGGAAAAUCUGGUGUAGUUGGAGGAGGGAUAUGUAUGGUGAGUAUACAUUGAUAAUGCAAAUACCUCAUCCAAUGGAUUCCACUGUCUGUGCUACUUCAAUGCAAAUAAUAAACUUUGCAUCAUACUCAUAAA